AUGUCUCGUUCCCAAUCUCGUGGUCGUGAAAAUUACGUAGCGUCUGGUCGUGGAGGCGCCGGCAAUAUUCGUCCUGCAUCGCGUGACCCUGCUCCCCGUGGAAAGGGCCCCGAUGAUUUCUCCCUUCUCGCGGGCGUGAACUCCCUAGCAUUGGUGACCCAUUCAGGCCGUGGAGGUGCUGGCAAUGUCCGAUCUCCCUCGCGUGAUCCUGAAGAGGAACGCAAGUACGCCGCAGAAGUUGCGCAAUAUGUCAAGGACCAUACGGAUCCCAAUGCACCUGUCAGCACUGGUCGUGGUGGAUAUGCGAAUAUCGACCGCUCGCGCUCUCGUUCAAAGGAACCGUCGCGUUCCAAGGAUGUCCACCGCACUCCUGUCCAUACGUAUGGCCACGGUGGCGCUGGAAAUAUCGCUCCUGGUGCCCACGAGGGCCAUCUAGCAGCCGUAGAAGAGGAUGAGAUCAAAAGGCAUCACCAUGCCGGUGGAAUCCACAGCACGGGCCGCGGCGGAGGAGGUAACAUGACAUCUGCAUACGCUUCCAACAAGGUAGACGCUGCCGAAGCCGGUGCUCAUCACCAGUCCUCGGGCGUCGUGUCCAGUGGUCGCGGAGGCUACGGCAAUAUGACCCAGUAA